UACCGAAAGAGGGGACGAUGUUGUCAAUGGAAGAUAUGGAAGAAACAGAAAUAGACAAUAAACAGAAAGCUUCAACGAGCAUGGCUAAGCACAGCCCACGAAUACGCUCUCCCAGGAUACAUCCUGAACCUGAAGCAACGAAUGGCAUUUCCGAACGCCAGUCUUUACCGCAUAAACCAUCGACCAUGUUCACACGUGUUGAUUCAUCUCUAUCAAAGCAAUCCUUGCGGAGUUUGAACCGCACAGAUCCUACGCAAAAGAAUUCUGAAAAUUCGAAAAGGUGUGACUCUCCGCAAAAGGAUACUGGGAGUUCAAAAGAAGAUCGAUCAUCAUCAAAGUAUCAGAACCAGUUAUUUGAGUGCGCAAAGAAAGGUGAUGUUGAAGGAAUUAAGAAAGUAUUGAACUCCAAUAACGAAGACGAUGCGGAGACUGAUGCAGAAUCGGAUUCCGAUAAAGUUGACGUUAACUUUCAAGACCAAAACGGUUUGACGGCUCUCCAUUAUGCAGCAAGGGAAUAUCACCAUGCAGCCGUCCAACUUUUGUUGGAAAACAAAGCAGAAGUCAACAUGAAAUCUGGAAGCCAUUUGACUUCGCUUAUGUAUGCUUGCAAGAAUGAACCUAUGUCUUAUACUGAUCAUCAACGUCUUCUAAGUGACAUUGACGAACAAGGCAAAAACAGAAAAGAUAUGGUUGAAUUUUUUCUUCAAAACAAUGCAGAAUUGGAUGAUAUAGAUGGAAAUAAGCGCACCCCUCUUCACAUUGCUGCAAUUAAGGGCAACGUCGAGGCAGCGAAACUGCUGUUGACCUCUAAGAAAAAUGGUGUAGAUUGCGAAGACGGAGAUGGAAACACGCCGCUUAUGCUUGCAUCCAAAUAUGGGAAUGAAGAACUAAUAGAUUUUCUGAUCGACAAAUAUAAAUGCAAUAUAAAUUAUCAGAAUGAAGAUGGAAUGACCGCACUUCACUAUGCUGCUCUGUAUGGGAAGGAAAAUGCUGUUAAAAAGCUUCUUCAACAUGACGCAAUCAAUUUGAACAACACAUUAAAGAAAAGUGCAUUUCAUUUGGCAUGUGAAAACAACAAUAUAAAAUGCGCGAAAAAACUUCGAUUAGGGAAGUGUGCAAAAGAUACACCGGAUGAAAACGGAUUUACUCCAUUCAUGCACGCAGUCGCUAAAGGUUUCGCUGAAAUUGUACAAGACUUGAUGAACUCUGGUGACAUUGAUCCAUGUGUAAAGCUUGCAGAUGGAAGGAAUGUGUUACACAUUGUUGCCGAAAGAAACAAAUUAGCCGUUCUUAAGAUUCUAUUAGACAAACAAUCCAAUGACCUUGCAGUAAAGAGGGAAAAGACUGGCCUGAUGUCUUCUAUAAACGAAAUUCAGAAGUUACUGAAAGCUACGGAUAACAACAAAAUGACCCCCCUGCACACAGCCAGUCAAUUUGGAAACGUAAAAGUUUUUGAAUUUCUCCUAAAAUAUGGUGCGAAACCUAUUGCCCUAGACUCGGAAAAGAAAACACCCCUGCAUAUCGCAAGUGAAAAAGGAUUUACAAGUAUAAUAGAAAACAUGGUGACGAAAAACCGUGAUCUUCUGUACGAGAAAGACGAGAAGGGUGACACUGUGUAUCAUUUAGCGGCAAGGGAAGGACACGAUAGAUUGCUCGAUGUCCUACUGCGGGAGGAUAAAGAAAACAAAAUAAGUAAAAGUCCCGAAAGCGAGAAUAAUGACGGGUGUACGCCGCUUUGGGUUGCGGCCGACUCUGGACAUCUGAAAUGCGUCGAGCAUUUGUCUACUCGAACCGUUUUAAUUGAAAAAGUGAACAAAAGCAAGCUUACACCUCUGAUGGUAGCCAGCCAAAAAGGACAUGCUGAUGUUGUGGAAUACUUGAUAAACAAAAAUGCCAACGUUUCUGCAUUGGACGAAAAUGACCACAAUUGCUUAGAAAUCGCUAUACGCAAACAUCAUGAGUCUGUUGCAAUGACAAUUAUUAAAUCCGACCAGUGGGAGAAAGCCCUAAGAAAUUACACAAAUGACGACGAUGGCAUGGAAUGUACGCCGUUAAGAAAACUGAUUCGUCAUAUGCCAGAUUGUGCAAAGGCAGUUUUGGAUAAUUGUAUGUGUUCAUCCGCGGAGAAAAAAAAAACAUCGAUGGAGAAGAAACAGAUAAAGCAAAGAUAUCACCUGACAAACAUGACGAGAAAGAAAAACGUACAAAAUACUUGGCUCGAUUCAACUUCGAGUUUAUUGACGAUCUAUAUUUCAUCAAAGAAUGGGAAGAUCAAAAAGGUGUCCGAGAGCGGGAGGAGAAGCCAACAAAGACACAGUACAGCUAUAAGAAGAAAAAGGAUUCACCCGAGGCUUAUGAAAAUGAUUCUGAUAAAUUCAAAGUUCAACAUCCUAUGAUGAUGAUGUCUGAAGCCGGACAGUUGAAUCUACUCGUCCAUCCAGUGGUAAAGGGCCUGCGUCAGCAUAAAUGGGACAAAUUCGCAAGAAGUUUUUACUACGUCUUCUUCGUCGUUUAUGCGGUUUACUUAUCGUUCUUGAC